CACGUACAAGGGCUGCAGCGAAAGGGGCGCCGGCGCCAUGGAUUCUGUGGGGAGGAGCUUGGUGCUUCUAUGUCUGGUCUUCUUGGGAUCAAUGCAGCUUGCAGCCGGGGAUCUUAUCCGUAUUGUGGACAGCAGUCGUAGGACGUUUCUAAAGCAUAGCGCAGAAGUCUCAGCCAUCAGCGCACAUGAUGUCACAGCUGCAACCGCAGCGCUUUUGGGGCUUCGACCCCUUGGCAGUGUGGACGCUGACAUAAGCAAGAAGCUGAACACAAUGUUGAGUGAUGAUGCUUUCAGCCGGCCGCAAGCGGUGUUGGCAAUCUCCCUGCUCGGCGCAAACAGAGACGAGCUGACUGCACUUGAGGCUUGGGAGCGGCCAGGCCAGACCCGCUUCCUGGCCAACUCCUCGGCGCUGCAGCUGGGCCAGGCCUUCAGCCGCCUCACUGGGGCAUCGCCUGAACUGGCACAGGAGCUUGUCCUGGACUUUGGCAAGGGCUCUGCGCUGGAUGCUGCGACGCUGGAUGAGGCUCUUGAGAGUCUGGCGGCAGCUUCCGGAGCAUCAUAUGUGCGCGGCUCGGUUCCCGCAUCAGGGAAACUGACAGUGCCCCUGGCGGAUGGGGAGUCAGCACACCUUGACCUGACGCAGGAUGCGGAUUACCUUUUGGCGACGGAGUUGGCGCACCUUGAGAAGGCGGUCCAAAUGCUGGCAGUAGCUGCCGACAAGCGGCAAUUGCUGACUGCCACGGUCCAGGGUAUCCAACUCGUCAAGCUGACGUAUGGGUCGGAGUCGAAGACAGCGUCGGCUGCCGUGUCGCUGGUACUGAAGACACUGGAGCGCGUCCUCGAGUCGCUCGACACAACGUUUGGGGGCAAGCUGGUUAUGCUGCUCAGCGUGUUCGAGCAAGUUCCCCAAGUUUCCGACGACGGGACUGCAACGGUUGCCGCACGCAUCGGAGGAGCAGCGUCCAAGCGGAGGGAGUUGCUGGGGGCAGGCGCGGUGCCGGGAGUGCCCGGAGCGGACAUCAUUGCUGCGUAUGUUCUCGUCAACAGGAGCGUCGCGUGGGGAGUGGGCAUUCUGCUCAUCAUCUUCACGAUUGUGACGGUAUUGGCUCUUGUCUGCAUGCCACUUACGAAGGACACUCUUCUUUACUCUCGUGCAAAGAUUGAUUGAUCGACGACGAACAAUAUGCAAUGCCAUUGUAAACGUUGAAUGAUCGAACUAGGUGUCCUCUCAAUACUUACAAUCAUUAGACUUUUGACAAUUGUUGUCCCUCCGAAGCAAGAACACUAUGUGCUGAUGGAAGAUGUGCAUCCUUUUAUCGACC